AUGUUCCACUUGCCAUAUCAAUCUCAAGAUACGUCGAGCCCUAUCCCAGGAUACGGUAUCGAAGACAUCACCUGGGGGAUCUUGACCACUCCUGGAGGUCCUACCGUAAACGCCACGGGCACCAUCCAACAGGCCAUUCAGUUGGUACAGCAGAACAACCCACGGUUUCGCUCCGAUUUUGCUAUGGACCUUAAGCCCAGAGGUAUCAAAAGGGCUGACGGCAAUCUCAUGGAGUACGAGUCACUUCGCUGCGAAGAAUGGCAAAACGCCGACGCAAGUUGGGACAUGCUUGCGGAAGAUAUUUUCGACCUCAGGCAUAUUUCCGGAAAGCCGGCUAACGGUCCCGGCCCCGGCAAGUGUGGCCGGGUCCACAUCAGCUGUAGAGUAGGGGCGGCGAUUUAGUUGGUGUAAUGAUAAUCCGGAGAGGAAGGAACUCGAUAGUUAUAAUACCAUUGCCGAUGCCGCUUACGUCAUUUACCGCCAAUGCCUUCGACUUGACGUUAGGUUCGAUUUCGUGGUCUACAUACGGCUAGGUGUAUCUCAAGGAUAAUUGGAAUGUUAUUGCUCGGGGGGAUGAUCCGGUUUCUAGUGUAGUACGUCAACAUUUGUCUACCAAUAU